GCAAUGCAAUAGAGACCACCCCAUCAAUCCAUCCUUCAUAGUUUCAUAAUAUAUUUCAUUUUUUCAGACACUAAUCUCUAAGAGUGUGAGGACUCAAAUCAUGGCCACCCUCAUUGUUCAUGAGAACUCUUCUCCUGUUGCAGAUGCAGAAGCUAUCAGAAAGGCUGUUAAAGGAUUUGGGACUAAUGAGAAGGCGAUAAUUAAAAUUAUUGGUCACAGAAAUGCAAUUCAAAGGAGGCAACUGAGGCAAGCUUAUGAGGAGAGUUAUCAAGACGAUUUAAUCAAGCGUUUUGUAUCUGAGCUCACUGGCAACUUUGAGGUUAUUUAAUCAAUUAGUGUAUGA